ACAACCCGGACCCCAAAACAAAAUUCAAAUCCACUUUAUUUUCUCUUAACGUCCCCCACUUCCUCCGAUCCUCCCCCACUAUAUCACAAAAAAUAAAUAAACCAGCAAAUUAUUCACUUAAAUUUGGGGAAAAUUCAAAACCCUAGUAGAGCAAAGAAUCAAUUGGGCUUUGAAAAAUGUCUGCUACAGCCGGAAGUGAAGGAGGUGUUGGGCAAGAAGAAGAGAAGAAGCCCAUGGAUCAGCACAUUAAUCUUAAGGUCAAGGGUCAGGAUGGCAAUGAAGUAUUUUUUCGAAUCAAACGCAGCACACAGCUACGCAAGCUCAUGACUGCUUAUUGUGAUCGACAGUCUGUGGAGUUGAAUUCAAUUGCAUUCCUUUUUGACGGGCGUCGUCUCCGAGCAGAGCAAACUCCUGACGAGCUUGAAAUGGAAGACGGAGAUGAGAUUGAUGCCAUGCUGCAUCAAACUGGAGGAAGCAUCACUCUAGCUGCUACCUAUUAGCACUUUGAGGGAACUGUGUUUACAAUACAUGGGUUCGACCUACAACUACUUCUUUUCCUGAACUAUGUAGUUGUUUUAAGGGUUCUGAUGUUCGACAAGAGAUAAGUAUUGUGUGUGUGCCAUGAUAUGGAAUUUAAGUAUUAAUCACUCUAAUGUUGUGUUUUUGUGAGUGAAUCUAUAUUUAUUGCAUGGAGCAUAUCAAGUUUGAAUUUGCUCUUGGUAUAUUAAGUUUAUGUAAGUUAUGUCAGUGCUUAAGAUGACCUUUGGAUCAUGAUAUUUGGACCUGGUAAACGGGAAUGAUUUUAAUAAUACAUCUUUGUUUAAAAAUUUUA